AUGCUGGCCUUCUACGACGAAGAAGACCAUGCCUUAGGGUCUACUAAAGGCAAAGAUUGGGAUGAGCUGGUCAUUCGGACGAUCCGCUUCCACCGCGAAGAUGCUUUCGACAAGAGCGAUAUGCAGAUCGAGGUAAGAAAAGUAGACGGCCGACCUGAAGACGGUCAUGUCUACAACCACUACGUCCCUCAUUCGCGCAUCGUCCGCGCUCUUGUCCAGCACAUAUGCAACAAGAACAUGACGCGCGCGCAGGCUUUCAAGUGGCUUGUUGGGGUCACAGAUAAGCUCGGCCUCGAGCCUGACCCAAUCCUGAAGCUGCAAACCCAGAAGAUCGCGGGUCGCUAUGACUUUGACGCCUAUGUCGAAUGGGCCUUUGACGCGUGCGCGGACUUCCACGAAACAUCUUCUACGGCGGCCCUAAGACUUCGAAAGGCAAUUGGAGACGAGCUGAGCCUCGAACCGACCGUAAAAAUCGAGUCAUACGAGAGGGCUUGGCCUGGACCCGAGGGACCCGAGGCAAGUGGCCGUAUGUGGUACCGUACGCUCAGUGGACCCGUCAUGCCAGAAAACGAUGACGGAUUCAGCUGGCACCACGAAUGGCAACGCAAGAAGUAA